GUGCGUUAGAAAGCUCGAGACACGCAGAAGAGGAUCUACAGAAUCUGGCUAAAGCGAAAACAGGGAUUCAGCCUGAACUAGAAAAGACGCCAUUCUCUCCGCUAAAGCCGUGCAAGGGCCGUUUUGUUUGUUUUAUUUUGGUUUUUGUCUGUUUCAGAAGUUAGGAGAAAUUAGGAUUUUACACUUAAAUCUCAUUCUAUACUAUUUAGUUUGUUAAAAUUGUGUUUAGCUAUAGGUAGUUCUUAUCACUUGGUAUGGGUUAAACAAUACUUACGUUAUCUUUUAUUGAUGUCUCACAUGUAGUUUUACUGUAAAUUACCCCUCCAGGCACUGUAAUAUUUUCAGACUGAAUGAAACCUGCUGAACUAUUGCAAUCACAAUUUUGGCAUCCAGAUGGGGUAUAACAAGAGAGCAGGAAUUGCCCUAGAAAGGCUUAUUCAGAUAUGGCUGUGCUACUUGUUUCAUGAGAAAGCCAAUGUCCUAAAUUGACCCAUUUUAUACCAUUCAUAUCGAAACCCAAACCCUCAAUAUUUCCCCCAAAACCACUUCUUCCACAAUUUCCCCUGUAUCUAUAAAAGGCAGCUUCCUUCUUUCAGUUGCUCAAAGCAAAAACUUAGUGUCAUCCUUAAUUCUUGAUUUUCUCUCAUAACCCACAUCGGGUACAUCAGCAAAUCUUAUUGGCUUUACUUUCAAAAUAUCUUCAGAACAUGACCACUUUUCCGCACACCUCCUGCCACCACCCUGGUUCAAGUCCUAGCCAUAUCUUCCUGGGAUUAUCGCAAGAGCUUCCUAGCCGGUCUCUGCCUUGUCCUACUUCAGUCACUCCUUCAGAUCCUCCUCUGCCCAAAACCUCCAAGGGCUUCCUUCUCACUCAGGGUAAAAUCAAGAGCUUUGCAAUGGGCCUACAUCAUCUACCAUCUAACACCCUUCUGACCUCAUUUCCUUGUUCAGUCCCUCCAGCCAAACUGACCUCUGUUUCUGGAACAAGCCAGCAGGCUCUUGUCUCUGGGCUCUCCUCUUCCUCUUCCUUCUGCCUAGAAUGGUCUUCGCCUAGAUAGUCAUAUGUCUACAGGUCUUUACUCAGAAGUCACCUCCUCAGUGAGGCCUCCCUAGGACUCCCUACCUAAAAUUUCAACCCAGAGUCCCUGCUCUCGCCAUCCCCCCUCCCUGGAAUACACUUACUUCUUAGACUUAGUCUGUGUCACUAUCUAACACGAUAUAUGUUACUUAUUUUUCUUGUUGAUUGUCCAUUUCUGCACCAGAUUAUAAACUCCUUGAAGACGAGGAUUUUUUUUGGUCUGUUUUGUUCACUGCUGUUUCCCUGUCACAAAAUAGGCACUCGACACAUUUGUGUUAAAUGUUGCUGAAUUUAAUUCAGACAAAAUUGAAGUUAUAAACUUCCUACAUGAAAGGAUACCUGAAAUGUUUUCUGUUUAUAAACUUGUUAGUUAUUCAGUCGGUCCUAAUUAAUAGUUCUGAAAUCAGUUUUAAUUAUCUGACAACACAAUACACCAAACUGAGGUAUUUAUAUUUUCUGUUUAUCCCAGUUUCUGGAACAUUUGAUAGCAGCUUUCCACCACAAAAACAUUUUUAGAUUAAAAUUACUUUGCCCCCUAUGGUUAUCUGUGGGCGCUGGUAACAAAUUGUUUGCCUGUGCUAGGUGAGCCACUGCUGAUUGGCCAUCGGGAACUCUGACAAACUUUAAAUUUCAGCAAAAUGCCAGAGACUGCGAAUCCUGCAGAAGCAGCCAGGUAUUCCGAGUGUAAACGACCCCAGAUUUUUCUGUAAUAAGAUAGAAGAACAGAAACUUAUUCAAGGUGGCAUAUUCUUGAUUAGAACACUGGCUGAAUAGCUACAUUGCCUGCACACCAAUCCCAGUUCUGCCCCUGAAUACCUGGGAAUUCUGGGGCAAGAGAUUCUCAAAGAUGCAGAUUGUCUGUUGGGGACUGCUCCUUCUCAGUGUGACCUGGGCAGCACCAGCAUUGCAACCACAGACUGAGAAAACUGAGCAAGACUGUGUGGAAGAACAGAGGAUAACGUACAAGGGCCACCAUGAGAAACAUGGGUAUUAUAUUUUUAAGUAUGUUUACACAUCAUCUGGGAGGAAAAAUCAAACUGACAUAAAGAAGGAAGAAAAAAACAAAGACAAUAUUGCUGUUCACGUUUCCGGCAAGGGAAGAAAUCAAGAGCCAGCACCUAAAGAAAACAUUGCCCAGGAAAGAGAGAAAGACUUGUCUCUUCUUGGAGCCAAUGAAAAUAACCAAAGCAGUAAAUCUCAAACUCUUUUUGAAGAUAGACAGACAGUGAAGGAAGACUAUCGUAUUAGCAAAAAGGAAAAUGCCCGCAAUGACCUAAAGAUGUCCACAUAUCCUGAAUCCACUGGGAAUAAUGGAGCCAAGGAUGGAGAUGAUGCUGUCAGCAAACUCCAUGACCAAGAAGAAUACAGUGCCCAUCUCCUCAGAAAGAAUAUGCAGCACAUAAUGGAGCCAGGGACGGUGGUUGAACUCUUGGGGGAAGAAAACAAAGAGAACAAACCCAGGAAAGUUGUAAGCAAAAUUCCAGCAGGAGCGAGCUAUGCUAAAGGCCCCUCAAAAGAUAAAAAGAGUCAUCAAAAAGAUCCCCAAGCCCAGAAUAUUCCAGUAAAAAGCAAAAGCACCUACCGUAUCCAACACAACACUGACUAUCUAAAACAGCUCCCAAAAGUCAAAAAAAUCCCCAGUGAUGUUGAAGGCAGUGGUUACCCAGAUCUUCAAGAGAGGGGGGACAAUGAUAUCUCUCCUUUCAGUGGAGAUGGGCAACCUUUUAAGGACAUAUCUGGUAAAGGAGAAGCUAUUGGUCCUGACCCAGAAGGUGCAGAUGUUCAAACAGAGUUCUCCGGCCCAAGUGAAGCUGAGACGAGUCAUCCUGACGCAAGAGGGCCAGGUUAUAACGAGAUCCCAGAGGAAGAAGAAAAUGGCGGAAAUGCCAUCGGAACCAGGGAUGGAACAGCAAAAGAGGCAAAUGCUGCUGGUGUGAGCCUAGUGGAGGGCAGCAACGACAUCAUAGGCAGCACUGAUUUUAAGAAGCUCCCUGGAAAAGAAGGAAACAGAGUGGAUGCCGGCAGCCAAAAUGCUCACCAAGGGCAAGUCGAGUUUCAUUACCCUGAUCCACCCUCAAAAGAGAAAAGAAAAGAAGGCACUAGUGAUGUAACUGAAAGUACUAAUUAUAAUGAAGUUCCAAAAAAUGGCAAAGGUAGUGGUAGGAAAAGUCCAGAACAUUCUAAUAGGAAUCAAGUGACCUCAAAUGAAAAACAAAGAUUUCCUGGUAAGAGCAAAAGUCAGGGCCGGUUCACCCCUUCUCGUGGUCUUGAUCAUGAAAUUAAAAAUGAAAUUGGUUCCCAUAAUGUCCCCAAUAAUGAGGGGACUAUAACACACAGCAGAAAAUAUCAUUAUGUGCCCCACGGACAAAAUAACUCUUCAGGGAAUAAGGGUAUGGCACAAAGGAAAGGUCCCUGGGAUUACAGAAAACCCCAUCCCAAUAGAAGCUUUAGUCACCCUAGAAAGCGUGACAGCAGUGAGUCAUCUGACAGUGACAGUUCAAGUGAGAGCGAUGGUGACUAGUCCACUAGACAUUCCCAACAGGAUAAGGGUUCGAGUACCUGUCACCUGUGGCUUGAUGGUAAAGGAGAGCCACCUGACAGCAGACCAGAUGAAGAAGGACAGAGCGGGGCAUUGAGAACACCGAGAAACCUGGCCUCUUGGGGAGAAUUUGUUGCUAUUUUAAUGGUCAUAGUGUGAAAUUCCAUUCAGAGUCAUGAAGCUUCUCUUUGUUUUUUUCCCUGCUUUUUUCUCCCCAAAUCCCCCCAGUACAUAGUUGUAUAUUUUUUCAGUUGUGGAUCCUUUCAGCUGUGGCAUGUGGGACGCUGCCUCAACAUGGCC